GUUUUAAAUCGUGCUCAAAUUAUUGAUAACUUGUAUUAUUUUUUUGUAAAAGAAAAACAACUUUUUAUGUGGUUCAGAAUCUUAGACUAUUUACAAGACGAACACGAGUAUGAAGUUUGGUACCCAAUGAUUAGAAUUUUGGAAGACAUGUCAACUUACUUUCCAUUUGCUGAUCUGGAUGUUACUUUCAAGGCGUCACUAAGAUCUCUCUUAGAAAGACUUCUUCCUCACAUUUUAUUUGACAAGUAUGUUACAACGCCAUUUCACACAUGUUUGCGAUACGAAGUAUUUAAAUGGGCGUGUCUCUUCAGUAGUAUUAUGUGUCACUCUAUUGCUCAUGAAGAACUGAAACACAUUGAUGAAAAUAUUUCUGCCAUCUCUGGACAGUAUAAAACUAAAACAGGACUAUGGCAAGAAUGGAUUUAUUGCGAUGGAUUAAGAAACGUAACAUUAGACGUACUGGAGAAAGUAAUACUUACUUCCAAGUUGAAGAACAAUUUUAAUGACGCAAUUUUGAAUUACAUCCCUUGUCUAGGAUUCAAGACAGUUUUAAACUUUUUAAGCGUUAGACACAUACAAAACAAGACUUAUCUACCAUUACAAGACUCCGGGCAUGUAAUUCUCUUNCACUCUCUUGUUGCNAAACAUGCAAUACAUGGNANUGUGAUCGANUUAUUANANAAUUUCUCUGUCAUAAAACCUAGACAUAUGAAAUCGGUUACGGCAUUAUGUAUUAUUAUUAACCAUGUAUACUCUCAAUCUGCUUUGNACACGAUUAUCCAGUUCACAAAUGCUUUUUAUAAACCUGAAGCCCCAUGGAUUGCGCUUGUGCUUAAAAAAGUAAAUCUACGUCUGUCUCAAAUCAAGAAGCACAAAAACAAUUUCAUGCAACUUUUGGACAUAUCAAGUAGCGCAAAAGUAGAAUAUGACGUUUUCAAAUACGUAAUAGUUUGUACUUUGCAUGUAUGGUUAAUUGCUUAUCCA